AUGAAUUCUGACUCCAGCUCCGUCUCCAGCAGAGCCUCCUCGCCGGACAUGGACGAGAUGUACCUGCGGGAGCACCGCCACCACCACCACCACCACCACCCGGAGAGCCGCCUCAACCCCGUCUCUUCCACGCAGGGCGACCUGGUGCAGAAGAUGGCCGGGGAGGGCCUGGCCCGGGGCGGCCCCAAGGCGCAGGGGGAGGGCGGCAAGUACAAGAUCAAGAAGCAACUCUCGGAGCAGGACCUGCAGCAGCUGCGGCUCAAGAUCAACGGGCGGGAGCGCAAGCGGAUGCACGACCUCAAUCUGGCCAUGGAUGGGCUGCGGGAGGUGAUGCCCUACGCGCACGGCCCCUCCGUCCGGAAACUCUCCAAAAUCGCCACCCUGCUGCUGGCCAGAAACUACAUCCUGAUGCUCACCAGCUCCCUGGAGGAGAUGAAACGCCUGGUGGGGGAGAUCUACGGUGGCCACCACUCGGCCUUCCACUGCGGCACCGUGGGCCACUCCGCCGCCGCGCACCCGCCCCACGCAGCCGGAGCCGUGCACCAGGUGCACCCCAUCCUCGGCGGGGCCCUCUCCUCCGCCAACGCGUCCCCGUCGCUGCCAGCCUCGCUGCCGGCCCUGGGCACCAUCCGGCCGCCCCACUCCCUGCUGAAGACCCCCUCCACUCCCCCCGCGCUGCAGCUCGGCGGCGGCUUCCAGCACUGGGCCGGCUUGCCGUGCCCCUGCACCAUCUGCCAGGUGCCCCCCCCGCCUCACCUCUCUGCCCUCUCCGCCUCCGGCAUGGGCCGGAUCUCGGCGGACACCAAGGACCUGCUGAAGUGA